AUGAAUCUUUCGAUGGAAGGCAGGUUGAGUCACACGCUGGCGCCCGUCUUCGAUCCUCCUCUGACGAACGGGGAAGCGAGACUGCUGCAGGCGGAUGUGUACGGUUCCUCUCCUCUGUCCGAAUCCGAAGCCAGAGGCCUAGAAUCCGCGAAUUUGCUCCCUACUGAUCACCAUCGGCAUUGCGCGGGAGUCGAUUCCACUCACUCAUCUACGUCCGACCGCGUGCAGCCCAGGGAAGAAAAUCACAGAGGUCGAAAGAGAUUCAAUGGCCUGCUGCCCUUGGACACUCUCGACGUGAUGAGGGAGGCCGCAAGACUACUGAGAAGGCACUCGGAUCUUCUCACAACCCUAACCGCAGUUUUGAUCUGUCCCAUCUCCAUCAUCGUCCUCACUCAUGUUUUGGUCACGCACAAAAUAAUCGAUUGGUUAGCAAUCCGUCUUGAGGCGUUCGUGCUCGAGGGAUCGGUGGCCGUCGAGUUCCAUACUCCUUACAUGAAAUUCAUAUACCAAAAACUCUCUGAAUUUCUGGUCACGUCGGCGGUGAACAUUCCUCUCGCCGUGACAGUGAAUUGUCUGGCCAAAGCUGGCGUCGUGUAUACCGUGGCUUCCACAUACGCCGGGCUCAAGGUUUCCCUCGGUGACAUCCUCCAUCGAGUGGUGCCGCGAGUGUGGAUUCGCCUCAUCAUGACUUACGUCGCUUCCUGCUUCAUCUUUGUGGCGUCGGGUGCAGCAAUUGCACUCGGAAUGGCCCUUCUGAACGGAGUUUUCGCUGCACUCCAUGUGUCGUCCGUCAUAGCCUUCGUGCUGGUCGGCACCCUGGGGCUGCUUAGCUGCGGAUUUUUUGUAUUUGUACAGAUCUUGUUGAACAUCGCCACCGUCACCUGCGUGCUGGAGGACAGUUUCGGCUUCAGAGCCCUCCUGCGCACGCUGCUCCUCAUGCAGGGCAGAAUGCAAGUGGCCUUCUGGUCCUACGUAGUAACAGCCUCUUGUGGAGCAUUUUUGAGCCUGUUGUUCGAACAUCGGGUCACAGGCACCAACGAUUACACGGAGUACAAUUCUUCGGCGGCGUGGGAAGGCCCGCUGCUCGUUCUCAUGCACUCCUUCGUGUAUCUGUUCGACGACAUAAUGUCCACCGUUUUCUACUUCACUUGCCCGACGUGCACCUCUCUCGACCACUUUGACAGACGUCCAGAAUUUUCAGCAGAACUUGCUGUUUCUGUAGCUUCGACGUCGCUGUAG